GGGGUGUGAGUGUUGGUGUGGGGUUUGCAAGACUGGCGUUUGUGCGGAGCUUUGGCUAUGGCUUAGCUGGUGACGUGUUGCUGAAGAGCAGGGAGAGGGGUAACAGGAUUUACCCCCCUGUACUGAGACACAGGGAGUCAGGAGGGGAUGGGGCAGAACUGUGUCUGUCUCUGCGCUGGACCUGCACUGCUGCUGCUGCUGCUGCAUGGGGUCAAGAAAGGAAGGCGGAUCAAAUAUUAAUGACACGGCUGCUCAAAGUACACAAGAAUACUACACAUUUGCACAGCAACAGCUCUUGGAAAUGCCACAUGCCAUUAACAUAUGUUGGUUAUAAAGAACAUCCGCAAUAAUCUACAGCCUGAAAGCCUGUGAAUCUUAAAUCACUAUGGACGAUGUACUCAUCAGUUACUGUGUCGUUACCGGCAGCUUCCUGGGCUUCCAACUCCUCUUCUCAGCAAUUAGCCCCCGACUCUUUACUAAAUACUCCAGCACCUACAGACAGCUCAGCUUUGGCAAGCAGUGUGAGUGGGACUCAAGGUUUGUUUCCACAAACCAUGCGCUAAUCGUUGGGUCUGCAUGUUUGUAUAUUCUGGCCUAUGAUGAUGCUGUGAAUGCUGACCCCAUAUGGGGUGAUCCGUUUUGGGUGAAAAUGAACGUUGCCAUCACUUGCGGCUAUCUCGUGCAAGAUCUACUGCUCCUGGCGCGCUUCUGGAAAGUGAUGAGGGACCCGUAUAUGGUGUGCCACCACCUGGCCGUCUUUUACUCCUAUGGAUACGUGCUGAAUCGCGGCGUGCUGCCAUAUUUUGCCAACUUCAGGCUGAUUUCAGAACUUUCCACACCCUUCGUUAAUCAGAGGUGGUUCUUUGAUGUGAUUGGGAAGCCACGCUCCUCCUGGCCAGUCCUGUUAAAUGGAUUAGCCAUGGCUCUAGUCUUUUUCAUAGUUCGCAUCGCAGUGAUCCCCAGCUACUACUCUCAGGUGUUUGCCACUUUUGGCACGGAAGGCUACAUCAGACUGGGCAUUGGCCCGCAGGUGGCGUGGAUUGUGUCCUGUGUGGUGCUAGACAUUCUCAAUGUAUUCUGGAUGUACAAGAUAGCUCGUGGGUUUUACAAGGUUGUGAAAGCCAAGCCUGAUGGGAAACCAAGGAGGAACCACGCAGACUGAGCCCACGCUCUGCUCAUUGGAUGUCUUAGGCACGUGACCAAUCACAAGGAUAGAGACUGUAUAUGGUGGGACCUUCUCUAUGUCAAUUAUAUCCAUCUAUUGUGACACAAACCAUUUUAAGUGCAAAUUCAGCGUUAUGUGGACCAACGUUGGCUUGUCACCCAAGCUGACACUAUAGAGCCUUGCCAUAAAGGUGCCUUAGUAUGGGGGAAAAGCAAAGUUUGGGAAUGGACAAAUCAUAUCAUGAGGGGUAGAACAAUGUACUCACGGAUUAGCAUCUAAUAAAGGAUUGCUUUCCCUGGCAA